AUGUCUUCAUUGUACGACGUCCUUGUCACUGGCUCGGCUGGUCAUCUCGGUACCGCUCUGAUGCUCAAGCUACCUUCUCUUGGCUUCAAACCCCUGGGCAUUGACAUUCUCCCCUCCCAAACCACGACACUUGUGGGCUCUGUCAGUGACCGAGCCUUUAUCUUCUCCCUUUUCAACUCCAACCCCAUUAAGCACGUCAUUCACGCUGCGACAUUGCAUAAGCCACACGUCUGCAGCCACAGCAAGGAGCAAUUUAUCUCGACCAACGUUAUUGGUACUCUUAUUCUCCUUGAAGAAUCUUCUAGGCUCGGAGAGCAGAUAGAGAGCUUUGUCUUCGUUAGCACAACUAGCGCUUUUGGUAUGGCGCUAAGUCCCAAGCCGGGGUACCCCGCCGCUUGGAUCGAUGAAUCUGUUGUUCCGUUGCCAAAGAAUAUCUAUGGUGUGACGAAGAUUGCGGCUGAAGAUAUGUGCGCACUGGUACAAAAGCAAAGUGGAAUGCCUGUUUUAGUCCUUCGCACAAGCCGAUUCUUUCCCGAGGAAGACGACGAUGAAGACCGCCGCGCGGCUAUGAGCGACGAGAACUUGAAGGUUCUAGAACUGGCCUACCGUAGAUGCGACCUUGAGGAUAUUGUCAGCGCGUCUGUCUGCGCAAUGAGAAAGGCCAAGGAUAUUCAAUGGGGGAAGUAUAUAAUAAGUGCUCCGCCACCUUUCAGCAACGAUAUACACACACUCGAUGCUUUGAAUCGAAACCCAGCCGAAGUUGUGACCGAGAUCUUUCCUGAUGUGAACGCCAUAUUCAAGGAAAAGGGGUGGAGACAUCUCGCAAGGAUCGAUCGAGUCUAUGAUUCAAGCAAGGCAGUAAAAGAACUGGAGUGGAAUCCGAAGUAUACAUUUGGAAAGACAGUGGAAAGGCUCGUGCGCGGCGAGACAUGGAUGAGUGACUUGACGGCGAGGGUAGGCAAAAAGGGCUAUCAUCCUGUAAGCACUGGAGUUUAUACCAAGAGAUGA